UUUACCAUUCUAGGCAUCCCGUAAUAAUUAUCACUUGCAGUUUGUGAUUGUGAAUAUCUGGCAAUUUGAAAAAAUAAAUACCCGGACAUUUCUUAUUUUGAUUUUCAUUACACUACAAUUUGUAAUUGUAAAUGCAUUGCAUUUUUAAUUUAAUUUUUUUCAAUAUGUUUGAAAAAAUAGAAAUAUCGGGAUUACUGUUCAAGCAUAUCAUUUUUGCUUUGUACAUCUUACGUGCGAAAUGUGUAUCAGACAACUUUGAUUUCCGGGCGUUCCCUACCGAUUUAAGAAUGAUGCAGGGUGUCCCCUUUCCAUUGAAAGUUGGUGUAAGCCAAUGUUGUCUUGUCUGCGCAUCUGAUGACACGUGUACAUCAGUUAACUAUAAUAAAGUUUCGCAGGUUUGUGAAAUGAAUACCCUGAAAUUGAAGUCCAGUGAAUACCACAUGCAGUCUGAAACCGGAUGGAAACUGUACGAAAAGCUACCAUGUGGCCUUGGUUACAUGACCGGCGAACGAUGUCGCCACAUACAAAACCAGUUUCAAUAUUAUGUACCGCUUACCCACCAAAAUGCGUCCGACUUCUGCAAUUUACUGGGUGAAAAUAUUCUGACUCUUGAAAAUGAACAAGACAAACUAGAUCUUCAAUCCGACGCAGGUCUAGCUGAGAUGGAUACAGAUGCUUUCAUUUGGCUACGUGACAGGACCGGAACAAGCUGCGCGUUUUUUAGAAGGCAGUUUGCCGACGAAAAAAUGCGUAAUUGUGAAUUAAAUGCUAACAUAGUCUGCGAAUGACUGAAGAGAAUUUUGAUAUUAAAGUGCACAGUUUCUAUCAAAUGUAUUUAGAAACUAUCGUUAUCGUCGACACACUGUUGAAUUAGAUAGUCCUUCAUUUGUCCAAGGAUAGCUCUAACUUUGUUCUAAACUCUGACUUCAUUCAUGGCUUCUUCUGAAGUCGUUCAACGGCAGUCUGUGUAAAAAGUUGCUUAUUGAUCAUAGAAAUACAUGCAAAGGAGUAUUUAAAUUUUGCUUUACAUAAUUCAAAUGCGCCCAAAGAUUAUUUUGAAACAUUCAUGAUUAGGUCCAUAUUUGUAUACGAGACAGCUUUAAAUUUGUUAACAGACAGUCCUUAAUGUGUUCUAUUUAAAUUUCAUCUCCCAAUUCCUGAGUCAUGAAAACUUUCGCAUUUCUAUGGACGUGUGUAAAAUAACAUUUACUGUAAGGAGAGUCUAAAUAAAGCAGAAUGUACCUGUCCUACAUUUUUUAUUUAAUUGUUGAAUUAUUAAAAGCUAGGAUUUCGCUUUUUCACUAAUGAGAAUGAACUUUAAAACGUCUUAUUAAUAUUAAUCUAUUCACCCCGAUUUAUAUUCGUUUAUAUUCGAUAAUUAAUGAAAAAUGUUUGAAUCGGCAAAAGAAACAAACAAAAAAACCCAGAAAACAACAGCAAAUGAUUUUUGUCUAUUUUGUGAUAAAGAUAUCUGCUAGCAGUUUAAAUUCUUGUCUAGUGUGACCCUUCGGGAUCAUUUAAUCCGAUACGUUCACUGAAGAAGAGUGAAAUCUGCAUAAUCCGGUGCAAGGUGGUGCAGAGAGAAGUUCAAUUGUCAUAAUUACUAACAACCAGAUUUAAUUUAUCGAGUCUGAAAUUAUAAAUGCUGGUGCGACCGCCAAACUCUGAUAGAAAUACUUGAACUUUCCUCCACGCUUUUAACACAGUUUGCAGGAGGGAAGCGGUUCAUUAGUCUUCCCUGUAGGAGGUUUUAUUGAAAUUUUAUUCACAUGAAAGAAGAAUAAAUAUAUUGAGAUAGUAAGAUAAAAAUUGUAAAACUCCAUGAAAUUGGAAAUAAUUUAAAUUGAUGAUAGUAUAUGAUAAAGAAAUUUCAAAAAGGCAAAUAAAAUUUCCGGUUCCAACCAGCAUUGGUGUCAUAAGAAGAAAAAAUUGUUGUGAAGCAAUUUUGCCCUGUUGAGCAGAACUCAACAUCUUGUGUCCUGGCGUAGGCUCCUGCUACCAUGUCACAGGAGUCAUUCUCAAAAUGUAAAAUAAGGAGUAGGACUGAAGUCGGUAAACAAUCAAUACGAACGAGCCAUGUCAUGCCAUAUUACAUGUAGUUAAAUGUAAA